AUAUCGAUAGGGUGCGCAGACGCUGCUAAACGUGUGUAUAAUUUUGUCAACGGCUGUGUCAACGGCAUACAGCUCAUCCUGAUGUCAGUAAAAAAAAUGUGUAGUACGAUAAGCGGCGGCUGUAAACUGUUACUUUUAUUGGGUAUAUUUCAUCGUACACAAGCGGCUUAUUUACGUUGUUAUAAAGGAACUACACUAGACAAUUACGAUGAAGUUCCAUUGUCAAACGCCCCGCUCCUAAUCAACUCAACAUGCCUCAAUCUUGGUCGGCAGACCGUGGCAAUGACAUUUGGCUACAUGGGCAAGGUGGAUGGGCCGUUCACCACGGCUAUUCUCUUGGCCUUUCUAGCCCUUCAAACGAUAAACGUCAUCCUUCUGAAUUGGCAGAAGGAAGCUCAAUCCGGAAUUCUCGGCCCGCUAUUGAGUUAUCCUGGAGCAGUUACGAAUGCCAAAAUAGUUGGUGAUGAUACUGGAGAAGCCAUAACGGCUCUGGUACAAGCUGGGUUCAAUGUGAAACAACUAUACCUCCUAGGAUUUUCCUUGGGUGCCCAUGUCAUGGGGUACGCUGGCAAAAAGGCGAAAGGAUACGGCUAUAGUGUUGGACGCAUCUCAGGUUUGGACCCAGCGAGAGCUUUGUUUGAAAACACACAGAACGGACUGGACAGCUCGAGCGCAGAUCAUGUGGACGUCAUCCACACCGACCCCGGCGGCUACGGUAUCAAUUGCUCGCUGGGCACCAUCGACUUCUGGGUCAACUACAAGGGCAAGCAUAGCACGCAGCCCGGCUGCCCUAAUGGCACCUACCCAAUGUUCAGCUCCGAAGACCUGUGUAGUCACGACCGCUGCUGGAAGCUUUUCAUAGAGUCUCUACAAUCGCCCACGGCCUUCCCAAGCGCCUUUUCGCCAGAUUAUUACACCUGGGCGACAAAUCCCGCCAGCUCGACACGCACUGAAUAUAUGGGAUACUCAGUAAACCUAAGUGCUACGGGCAACUAUUUCCUGACCACAGGGCCGACGUCACCAUACAGCUUGGGGACCCGGGGGCUGUAUCCGAGCGACAACCAGACGACGUCGUGAUGGAGACAUCAGAGACCUUCCAUGGAUGAUCCAUCACCAUCAAAGUGCGGAAAACUAGAAUAACUGUCAACGUCAAAGUCAAGAUUGCUUAUCUUCCUGAAAAUAAUUAUAUUUUUAUCCAAAUUAUUGAUGCAAAUAUAACUUUGUUACCUCAAAACGUUUGAAAAGUGGAAUUUACAGAGCCAAUAUUGUGGACGAAAAUUUAGCGGGCGUCUCGAGGAAAAUUUUGAUAAUGAGAUAAAAGUGACGCAUCCGUCGAACCACGUCCAGUUUACGUGAAUUAGCCCGACUAGUUGUGACCAGUGAUAUACCUACGCAAACCUCACGAAUUUGCAGCCCAACGGAUUAGGCCUCAAAAAAAUGCCCUGGGAAGCCGGCAUAAGGCAGCUUCCAUUCGCUCCCACGAACUGGAAUUUGGACCUCACUACGCUGCGCAACGCCUUUGAAAUGCAUGAAUGAUCCUCUUCAGGCUGAACAAAAUCAUAAUAAUAGUUUUAUUUUCUUUUACCUACUUAUUUACUUUAAAGUUUUUAGUUUAUUACUUGUCUUUUAAUUUAAGUUCCGUAUUGUAGAUGCCCCUCGCAAGCCUUUCCUGCCCUACAGGAACUAUUGCAUCGUCAGAGAAUCUUCUUCGUUGCCCGGAAUGUUCGAAACCAAAUUAUUUUAAAGGCACUAGGGGUCUUAACAUACAUAUUACCAAAAUACACCGAAGAUGCGAUACUCAGCCGUCAACAAGUACUACACCGCCCCAGCCCUGCGUUCCGUCACCUCCAUCAUAUCAGACCACACCUCUACCUGCGUUCUUGUCCUCGGUGCAUGGUGCUCAAAGCCUUAUAGGUAAAAUAUUAGAACCUUCAAUUGGUUCUAUAGAAGCCGCACACUGCUCCGAGGCCAAGAACGUUUGGUCCAUAACCUGUCCAAACACGGACCCGCCUGCCAAUCUCUGUUGGCAGAGGCAAUGGGACGAGCCGCUCUGUCAACUAGUACGGGAAAACCUUUUAAAUACGUCAACUAGUUCGACAGACCGAGCUCGUCUCCUUGCGACUGCGGAGUGGGAGUCGGGUCUGUGGCUACAGGCUUUACCCUCACCAAACAUUGGGACUCUGCUGGAUAACACCACCUUUUGCCUAGCAGCUAGCUUGCGUUUGGGGGCAUCAACAAACCAGCCUCAUCGCUGUCAAUGCGGUACCAUGGUGGACACAUUGGGUCACCAUGGCCUCUCAUGCGCCCGAAGCGCUGGAAGGAUCCCGCGCCACGCCAGUAUCAAUGAUGUUAUCCGUCGGGCCCUUGUCAGCGCGAAAGUGCCAGCAGUCCUGGAGCCCACCGGCCUGGCUAGGGACGACGGCAAGAGGCCUGACGGUAUGACACUGGUGCCUUGGAGCAUGGGUCGGCCGCUAGUUUGGGACGCUACUUGCGUUGAUACACUGGCGCCGUCCCAUGUUCCGGUCACCAGCGUUGCUGCUGGCGCUGCGGCAUCCUCAGCCGAAAGCAUCAAACGCCGCAAAUAUGCCACCCUAGGAACUAGCUACAUAUUUGCGGCGUUUGGUGUUGAGACCUUGGGGCCAUGGGGGCCCAGUGCCCGUCAUUUGUAUAAGGAUUUGUCGUCUCGCCUGAUAGAGACCUCAGGCGACCAGAGGGCUGGCCAGUAUUUCGCGCAACGUAUAAGUAUCGCUAUACAGCGUGGAAAUGCUGCCAGUCUUCUGGGUACCUUGCCCAUUGACGGCGAUUUAGGCCAAAUUUUUUAUUUAUAAGUAGGUUAGGUAUUUAGUUUUAAGUAGUUUUAUCAUGUUUUUAUUUGUUUUAUUCAUAAAGAAUAACUUCUAUUAUUUACAAAUUAUUGUCAGUAGCGAUAUUAAAGUCUGUCUCUUGAUUGUAGAUUUA